AUGGGCAAUAUUUGUCCAUGGUGUUGUAGAAAUUCAGAAGAUUCACAAUCAAACGAUAACCUUGGUGGUGAUUCAAUAUUAUCAAAUUCACAACGUUCUGUAAUAUCAUCGGAUGUCAAUGAUCGGACACCAUUAUUAACCAAAUCGGGUAGUCAUAAUCAAUAUCAUCAGCCAGUGAUACCAGCUCUUCUUAGUUCAUCAACUCAUAUUGAACCAUCGUCACUGUUAACAACAAUUGUUCCACCACUGCCACCACCAUUAUUAAAUGAUAAUCAAACUGAUACAACAACAAAAUUUUCAUCAAAUGACACAGCUGAAUCAUCAAUGGCUAUAAUUGUUGAACGUAUGCUACCUGAUUUAAUUGAUGUUGGCGGUUGGGGUGGUGGUACACAUCAAACAAAUAUAAAUACACAAAAUUCAAAUGCACACAAUGAUCAUUUAAGACAAAUUUUGUGUAAAUCAUUACAAUCACCUCGAGUAUCAGUUUUACCAGAUGCUGGUACGUCAAAUUUAUCAUCAUUACUUUCAAGUCGACCAAUAUCAUCCGAUUUAUGUCAUUUCGUUGCACAUACAGCCAAUGAAUUAUCACGUUUAUUAAUUGAUGAAAUAAAAAUUGUUCAUAAAGAAGAACUUGUGUAUUCAUCGGAUGCUGAGAAAAGUGAUGCUAUUCGUGCAAGUGAUAAAAGUAAUGUGACAACUGAUGAUGAAUUUUAUAAUGAACUCAUGGAUGCACCACCAGAAUUUGAAGAUCAUUUGAUUCCUGAUCAAUGUAAGGAUGAAUUAGCAGGCAUUGAGCAUCUAGUUAAAUGUCUCGAUUAUCGGUUUCAUGCAUAUCCAGUCGUUUUUAUGGGUUCAUUACGACAAGCUUUAAUAGAAGCGUUGAGUCCGAAAGACAUCAAUGAACGUCGUCCAUUUCUGAUCUAUGUGAAUAAUGACAAAAGUGUUUAUACAAAUUUAUUUUGUAAACAAAUUUUAUGUAAUGAGAAGGUUAUUGAUUAUUUACUGAAUAAUUAUGUUCUUUGGGCAUGGGAUAUUACAUUUAAAUCAAACGAACAAAAGUUAAACGACGUAUGCAGCGCUAUUUUUCGACCAUGGACCAAUGAAAAACAAUUCAAUGCGAGUUUAAUUGAUCAAUUUCCAUUAUUGAUUGGUGUUUGUCGUGAAACAGAUGGUGAAUAUUUAUUUUGUCGUUUAAUCGAAGGUUCAAAUAAAAAAUUUAGUGUUGACGAAUUUCUGUCAUGUUUAACACAAUUCAAAGAUAAAUUUUAUUCAAGUGAACAACGAUAUGAAAAAGCGAAAGAAGAAGCAAAACAACAAACAUUACAAAAUUUAUUUCAAUCUCGUCAUAUUCAUCAUCGAUCAAAACAUUCUCAUGAUCGUGAAUAUCUUCGUUCAGUAUCAAUGUUUUCUCAUGACAACAACAAAGAGAAUCCAUAUGCACGUCAUUCUAAAUAUUCUCGAUUAUUAAGUGGUGAUAUAGAUAUGAAAUUCGAUCCACAUGAAAUGUUUUCCAGUCAUCCACCAACUAGAGAAGAUAUGAUGCGUGCAUUGGACCGACUUCAUAUGGAUUCUGAUGAUGAUGCUGAUGAUGAAGAUGAUGAACCAACACCAACUGUUGAACGUCCAGCACCAAAAUUUCCAUAA